CCAAACUCCAACCCAAAAACAAAACCCUUAUAAAUACACACACACAAGUAUACACAACAACAAAAUCUUCACAUUGCACGUAAAAAAUAUCUUUAUACAAUGAACGGCAUGAGUGGAUCUUCUCCGGCGGCUCCGGCUCCUUCACCAUCAUCGUUCUUCCAACAUCGCCACCGUCACGGUGGUAUGAUGCAUAUGACUUUCUUUUGGGGAAAAACCACGGAGGUUCUAUUCGACGGAUGGCCAGGGACCAGUCUGAAAAUGUAUUGGGUCUGUCUCGCCGUCAUUUUUGUUAUUUCCGCUUUCUCCGAGUGUCUAUCGCGGUGCGGUUUCAUGAAAUCCGGUCCGGCUAGCUUGGGAGGCGGGCUAUUACAGACUGCGGUUUACACCGUGAGGGCUGCUUUGUCUUAUUUGGUCAUGCUGGCUGUGAUGUCGUUCAAUGGAGGAGUCUUCGUGGCUGCGAUGGCUGGUUUUGGAUUAGGGUUUAUGAUUUUUGGAAGUAGGGCUUUUAGGGCCACUAGCAGUAACAGUCACACCGAGGUUCAAUCACAUUGUUGAUUUUUGUCUUAGAUCGUUUUUAUUUUCCUUGUUUCCCGUUGAAAUAAUGAUUAGGAAAAUAAAAAAAUUCACGUUUUUGGAUUUUAGAUUGAGUAAGAAUGUAAGAUUGGAAGUUCUUUAACCUCAUUUUAUUUUAUUUUGUUUUGAUCUCUAAUAUAUAAUUGUGUUGGU